GAAUUUUCUGACAUCGAUCAAGAUGAACUCACAGCAGAAGAAUUUAUCCUGGCUAUGCACCUAAUUGAUGUCGCUAUGUCUGGCCAACCCCUGCCACCCGUCCUGCCCCCAGAAUACAUCCCACCUUCCUUUAGAAGAGUUCGAUCUGGCAGUGGUAUAUCUGUUGUAAGCUCAUCAUCAGUAGAUCAGAGGUUACCAGAAGAACCUGUCUUAGAAGAUGAACAGCAACAGCUAGAAAAGAAAUUACCCGUAACAUUUGAAGAUAAGAAGCGUGAGAAUUUUGAGCGUGGCAAUCUGGAGCUGGAGAAGCGAAGACAAGCUCUCUUGGAGCAGCAACGCAAAGAGCAGGAGCGCUUGGCACAGCUCGAGCGGGCAGAGCAGGAACGGAAAGAACGAGAGCGCCAGGAACAAGAGCGCAAAAGACAACUGGAGUUGGAGAAGCAGCUGGAAAAGCAGCGGGAACUCGAACGUCAGAGAGAAGAGGAGAGGAGGAAAGAAAUUGAGAGGAGAGAGGCUGCAAAGCGAGAACUAGAAAGGCAACGACAACUUGAAUGGGAACGGAAUAGAAGACAAGAACUCCUAAAUCAAAGGAAUAAAGAACAAGAGGACAUAGUUGUACUGAAAGCAAAGAAAAAGACUUUGGAAUUUGAAUUAGAAGCUCUAAAUGAUAAAAAGCAUCAACUAGAGGGGAAACUUCAAGAUAUCAGAUGUCGCCUGACCACCCAAAGGCAAGAAAUUGAGAGCACAAACAAAUCUAGGGAGCUGAGAAUUGCUGAGAUCACCCAUCUGCAGCAGCAAUUACAGGAGUCUCAGCAAAUGCUUGGAAGACUUAUUCCAGAAAAGCAGAUACUCAAUGACCAGUUGAAACAAGUUCAGCAAAACAGCCUGCACAGAGAUUCACUUCUUACACUCAAAAGAGCCUUAGAAGCAAAAGAACUAGCUCGGCAACAGCUACGAGAUCAACUGGAUGAAGUUGAAAAAGAAACUCGAUCAAAACUGCAAGAGAUUGAUAUUUUCAAUAACCAGCUGAAGGUAACCAUUCUGUGUGUGCCUCCAUGUGUGCCCUACCCUUUCGUUUUUCUAACUGGCUAGAUGGGUUAGUCAAUACUUGGGACUUAGGAUUUAGCUUCACAAUUUUAUCGUCUUAAGAAUGUUCACUCUUAUCCUGUAAUAAGGCCAGAAUGUGAACAUUUCAUUUCCUGUCACAAAUGAUUUAGGUGACAACUUUAAGUUCAAGUAGAUACUGCAGUUUUAAUCUAUGUUCCUAUAAGAACACAAUUUUAUUAUAUUCGUUUGUCAGCCUUUGUGAAAGCUUUCCCAUUUAUAGAUGAACACUGUAAUCUAAUAUGCCUUGUUCUCCUUUAAAAUGUGAGAUUGUAUCUGGCAUCUAUACACUGGGGCUGAGCGAGUGGCCCCAACGUGGUAGCUACCUAAAACUCAAAUUCUGUUGUUACGCUUUUCCAUCCUUUUGUCUGUUGAUAACCACAAGUUGGACCCCAACAGCAGGCCUCCAAAAGCUUCAUCCUUCUUACAUUCUGGGAACACUACCAAAAAGGAAUCGUUUUCUCUUCUAAUGCCAAGAAUAUUUCUGCCGCUUCUUACCUUCAAGAUUGUGCUUUGAUUAUAGAGCUUUAUCUUGUUACCUCACAUUAAGAUUUUUUCUCUUGAUUAAUGGAGUAUUGUCUUUUGUCUCCAUGACAGAAAUGGUAUAUGGUUUUGUCACACAGGAGAAAAUUCAGGAAAAGGCCAGAGCUCUUUGGAGUGGAAAAGUAGUUGGAUCACAGCCUCUUCUGCUCCGGGACUUAGGAUUUAGCUUCACAAUUUUAUCAUCUUAAGAAUGUUCACUCUUAUCCUAUAACAAGGCCAGAAUGUGAACAUUUCAUUUCCUGUCACAAAUGAUUUAGGUGACAACUUUAAGUUCAAGUAGAUACUGCAGUUUUAAUCUAUGUUCCUAUAAGAACACAAUUUUAUUAUAUUCGUUUGUCAGCCUUUGUGAAAGCUUUCCCAUUUAUAGAUGAACACUGUAAUCUAAUAUGCCUUGUUCUCCUUUAAAAUGUGAGAUUGUAUCUGGCAUCUAUACACUGGGGCUGAGCGAGUGGCCCCAACGUGGUAGCUACCUAAAACUCAAAUUCUGUUGUUACGCUUUUCCAUCCUUUUGUCUGUUGAUAACCACAAGUUGGACCCCAACAGCAGGCCUCCAAAAGCUUCAUCCUUCUUACA